UGUAUAGGGCCCAGAUAGUUGUUGAUUCGCAUUAACAUAACGUAAAGCACCAGGCCGCAGCGUUUUGCAAUUCAGAUCAGUAUUAACUUAUGUAGAACGACUUCUUACAACAAUUUAAUGUGGAGCUUCUACAAGACCUGAAUUCAUGAUGACCAUGGCAACUAGCGCUGGACUUUACAUGCCCGGCACCCCUCCCUCGUUAAAUUCGCCCCUCGGAGACCCUGUACAUGGAAUGCAGUGCUCGGUGGGCCAACAGCCCCAAUAUAUCCAUAGGACUGAUAUUCAGGAACUUAAAUAUAUGCCUCCCCAGGUACAAAAUGGACAUUUUAACAGUCAUUGGGGUAUCCCGACCAGCGGUGAAUCCUGGAACACAGGGAUGCCUCAGUUACACGAUAUGCGCGAUUUGAGAGACAAUUUUGUCCGGGAUACCAGGGACAUCAAACCGGGUCAAGGUAACGAAAUGGGCCAUCAAGUCACCCUCCAUCAUCGGGGUCCGCAGCAAAUUCAUGCCCCUCAUGGUUGGAAUGCCCCCAUUCCCGGUGGACACUUAAAUGGCGGGGGCCAACUUCAGCACCACGGGUAUGGUGUCCCCCUGAACGGCAUGCUAUCCCCUCACCAACUUCCCCACGUAAUGAGAGACCCAGAACAUGAUUUGGACCAACAUACCCCAUCAGAUGAUGAUGCACCUUCAUCGGAUGACCUCGAGGCAUUCGCUAAACAGUUCAAGCAAAGGAGAAUAAAAUUGGGAUUUACUCAGGCUGACGUUGGACUUGCACUUGGUACAUUAUAUGGUAAUGUAUUUAGUCAAACAACAAUUUGUCGCUUUGAAGCUCUUCAGUUAAGUUUUAAGAACAUGUGCAAGUUAAAGCCUUUGCUUCAAAAGUGGUUGGAGGAAGCAGAUUCUACCACAGGCUCAACUACUAGUAUAGACAAAAUUGCAGCACAAGGCAGAAAACGGAAGAAGAGGACAAGCAUAGAAGUGACUGUGAAAGGUGCAUUAGAAAAUCACUUUAUGAAACAACCUAAGCCUGCUGCACAGGAAAUAUCUCAGCUGGCAGACCAAUUACAACUCGAGAAGGAAGUAGUCCGAGUUUGGUUUUGUAAUAGGAGACAAAAGGAGAAACGAAUGACUCCCCCGGGCCAGUUAGGGGCAAAUGGGGAACUCAUCAUGCCGGACAGUGAGGAUGGAAAUUCUAGAGCGGAUAGUCCGUUACAAUCACGACCUAAUGGUGCCAUGAACGGUUCUGAACAUGGCGGACUUAACAUGGCUGUUUCUACAGCACAGUCUUUAAUGUCACCGAAUUACCAUUCCGUGGGACAGUUAUUGAAUGCUCAUAAUCCGCAAUCAGGUGGACACCCGCAUUUUAACACACAAAACCAUUCACCGACGCACUGACUAGAAUUCUAAAUUCCGAUUUCUUCUGAAGUUGUAUGAAAACUAACUCGCCGCCACCAUUCCUGAAAGCGUCCGGAGAUCUCACUUUACCCCCACCACCGUUGGAAAGCAAAAAAGGACUUGAUCUGGACAGACGGACAAAGGAGUGGUGAUCUCUCGAACUCCCUUUGUCCAUGAUGGCCAAAAUAGCAGCGAAUGUUCUCCGUUCCCGAAAGGACAUGACAAACAGAUCGCGUUUUAAAUGUGUGGACCGACAGAUCUUUAUUGGGUCGUUAAUUCAGUGAUAGCCCGAUACUUAGCCUGGUCAAAAGUGCGAAAUGACCUAAUAUUGGAGAAAUAUUUAUGCCAUAUUUGUGUGUUGCAGACCGUUUGUGUAUUCAUAUUUAUAUGCGAAACAGAAGUAGAAUUUGAUUCUAACUUUGUAUGUGUGUGUAUUUCCGCGUUUGAUAUGAGUGUCUUGAGUAUUUCUAUAUAAUAUCAUUGUUAUGUUUCGAAGAAAAAAGAGCGUUGUGUGACUUUGUCUGGACUUGUGGUUUAUACAUAAACUGGAUAAUUUGUUAAAAGUGCCAAUUUAUAAACAUUCACCCUCUGUUUCUCAUAUGGAUCGAUGUCCAUGUAAUAUAAUGCAGAUCAUAGGGUAAUUAUAAAAAAAAAUUGUUUUAUAUUUCCAGUUUUGUUUUUCCAAACAUAAGAUUAAAAAAUAUAAUGUAAGUAACUCUUAUUACAUUUUGAUCGUUAAGGAAAGGUAGUUUAUUUUUUGGUGCUUAAAUUUAAUUUAAUUUUAAAAAGAUAUAUAUUUAAAAAAACAUCAAUAAUUUUUUCUCGUUUAUUUGGAACCCAUCAAACAUAAUUGCAUAAAUAUUUCGGAAAAUUAUAGGGGACGAUAUCGGUCUAUGGUGUAGUUUCCUUAUGGGAGUCUUUAUUUAACAUCAUUAAACAUUUACACAACAUUGCUUUGGAGAAAAAUGGUUUUGGGAAGAGAAGUCACGGUUUACUAAAGAUAUAAUUCGUUGAGUAAAUAUUGAAAUUGACUAGAGUGUUAGUCUUGAGUCUCGCUCGUUAAUAAUGGCGGGUGUACAUCUUAAAUAGGAUUAAAAAGAUAAGCUUUUCCAAUAUUUAAUCAGAAAAUGUCUCGAAUUGAAGUUUUUAACGUUUUGAUUUAAUAAUUGUGUUGAUUUUUUUUCUUGAUGGACAUUUUUAUAAUUUAAAAUUAUACAUACAUUCUGUUAACGUAUAUUAGUUGAUUUUCUCUUU